AUGGCUAAAGGAAAGGACUACUAUGCGAUCCUGGGACUGCAGAAGGAUGCGAAUGAACAACGUAGGUACUCUUUCUGGGGCGGGGGGAUCGUCUGACCUCGUUCGGGAACGAUGAACUGACUCUCGUCAUGAUUUUGGCCCCUCCUCCCAGAGAUUCGUUCGGCGUACAAGAAGAAAGCGAUGUUGUACCACCCCGAUCGAAACCCGGAUAAUACGGAGGAGGCAUCCAAGAAGUUCAAGGAAGUUAGCGAGGCCGUUGAGGUAUUGACGGUGAGUCUUACUCUGAGCCUUUCUUCGCCAGCUCGGAUGGGACAUGGGAGAUACUGAUGAAGUUUCAUUUGAACAACACAGGACUCGAACAAACGAGCCAUCUACGACCAAUUCGGUGAAGAAGGGCUCAAAAUGGGCGGCGGUGGAGGAGGAGGAGGCCCACCGCCAGGAGGAGCAGGAGGGAACCCCUUCGCCGGAGCAGGGGGUGGAUUCCCACCCGGUGCAUUCUCCUUCUCUACGUCGGGAGGAGCGCCAGGUGGAGGGCCCGGUGGAUUCCAACCUUCGGAUCCGAAUGAUAUCUUUGCUUCGUUGUUUGGGAGUAUGGGAGGCAUGGGCAGGAUGGGCGGGAUGGGCGGUGGGAGAGGUGCGAGGGGUGGGGCCGGGGGAAAUCCGUUUGCUGGGAUGGGGGGGAUGGGGGGUAUGCCCGGCGGUCCGAUGGAUACGAGUGAUGAGGAGUAUCGCGAGGAGAAGCCGCAGGAAGUUGGUGAGUUAUCGGGCGCGUGGGUCGGAAUUAUCAGCAAUACGGGGUGGAAACUGAUUCCUUGACGCUUCCCUGACCCUACAGUCAAGCAGUUGCCUGUCUCGCUCGAGGAUCUGUACAAGGGCGCGACCAAGAAGCUCAAGGUGACCAAGAAGCGUCGUGCGGGUGGCGAAGAGGCCAACACGCUUGAGAGUAGGUCCUUUGUUGGGUCUGAGGCGAGCUUCCCAUCAGGGACGGAAAAGCUGACGGCGUUAUCGCUUCCCUUCUUCCUGCAGUCGCCGUCAAGCCCGGAUGGAAAGCCGGUACCAAAGUUCGGUUCGCCAAAGCCGGCCACGAAACCGCUACGUCUGCUCAAGAUCUCGUCUUUGUGAUCGAAGAAAAGCCGCACCCGACCUUCAAACGUGAAGGUGACGACCUCAUCUACGAACUCAAGGUACCCCUCGUCGACGCUCUCACGGGCCCUUCGUCACCAGACGCCAAGACAAGCUCCAUCACGACGUUGGAUGGACGAACGAUCAAAGUGGAUGUACCUUAUCCCAGUCCUACGUCGGGUGGGAAACCGCUUUCCUCCGGUCAGGUCAUCAAGGUCCCUGGUGAGGGUAUGCCGAUUUCGAGGAAGAACGCACCGAAGAAGAAGGGGGAUUUGCUCGUCAAGGUCCAGGUGGAGUUCCCGGCUCGUUUGAGUGCGAGUCAGGUCGAGGGACUGAGGAAGGUGUUGGCUUGA